AAAUAACAACCCUAGACCUUUGGUAUCACCUGUAUAAAUAUAAAUCUGUAACACCAUCCUGUGAUGAAAUUUUAUUUAAAAUUUUAUGGAAUAAAGUCAUAAAUCUACGGGAAACUAAAUUCAAACUGUACGCACCGCACCGUACCCUACCACACCCACCUUCUCUCAUGACCAAACCGGACGGCCUCGCGCCGGAAACCACAAACGACGACGUUUCCCCCGCCGCCUGGGGGACUUGGGAGGAGCUCCUCCUCGCCUUCGCCGUCAACCGCCACGGCACCGCCGCCUGGGAUUCCAUAGCUUCCGAACUUCAGAAGAGGACAUCGGACCCUAACCUAUGCCUCACCGCGCAUAACUGCAGGUCAAGGUAUCUCGACCUAAAGCGGCGUUUUGUCGUCACGAAUGGCGAUUUGGAGGGGGAGGACAAAUCGAACGUCGAGGAGUCCGCGCCGUUGCUGGAGGAGCUCAGGAAAUUGCGCGUCGCGGAGCUCCGGCGAGAAGUGCAACGUUACGAUCUCAACAUCGAGUCGCUGGAGUUGAAGAUGAAGAGGAUGGAAGAGGAGAGGGAAAAAGGCGUCCGGAGAGAGGAGAGCGAGGCGGAUCUAGAGGAUAACGCCAAGGAGAGGAGAGAUUGCGAACCGGUGGCGGCGCCGCCUGCCGGAGGAGAACCGGCGGUUAUUGGAGAGUCGGAGAAGGAUCGGUUGUCGGUGAACGAAUCGAACUCGACAGAUCCGGGAGCGGAAAAGUUGAGAGCCGGCGAGGAGGCCUGUGAACCGGCCAGAACCGGAGGAGAUGAGGAGAGAAACGAUCGAACCGGACAGACCAGCGGCGAACCGGCUGAGACGAAACCAGAACCGGAUCACAAAUCGGUGCGGGAGGAUUCGUGCAACGGUAGCUCGAAUAGCAUAGAUGAGCCAGACCGGAAGGCGAAAGCCGAACCGGUGGCCAGGUCGACCGAGUCGGAGGGCGAGUCCGACGGCGGAGGCGCGGGGGCGAUGAAGGAGAACUCGGAUGUGCAGAGCUCCGCAAGCAGAUCGAGAAAGGAGGAGGGAAGUGAUAAGGUGCGGCGCGGGAGCAUGAGUGGCGAUGAGCGUGAACACGAGGAUCAAUCUCGUGCCGUGAAAGAAUUGUCCGCCGAAUCGCAGCCGUUGGUUGACUUUCUACAAGCUAUUCGCGCGCCGAAGAUCGGCUCCAUCUUCCAACGGCGGCUUCGGAGCCAGGAGACGCCAAAGUAUCAGAAGCUGAUCCAUCAGCAUAUGGAUCUCGAAACAAUCGAAACCAGAUUGAAGGAAGGCUUCUACACAAGGUCCCGCACCAAGUUCUACCGCGAUCUCUUGCUGCUCGUCAACAACGCCCUCGUCUUCUUCAGCAAGAACUCCUCUGAGGCGACUGCUGCCCUUGAGAUCCGACGCCUCAUCUCUAAGGAGUUCUCUCCCAAACACGCAAAGUCCGAUUCUUCGUCUGGAAAGCAGGCCUCUUUGCAGUCUCUGUCCAUGCCAAAGAAAGAUGAUGCCGAGGCUUCCCCUUCGCCCUCGUUGAUGUUGAAGCAGAGACUAUCUGGGUCCUUGAUCGUGUGUCGAAAACGCAGCUCCAUUACCAAGGCUACGGCCACGGCCUCAUCUUCGGGGACGGACAAGAAGAAAGAGCUGGUUCAGUCGCCAGCUGAGGACAAAGACGCCAAACAGCAGCGGUCUGGUGAUGCCGAGGAGCCUAAAAUCACGAAGAAACGAACACGGGAUCGGUUUCCUGCAGCGUCGUCGGCUAACUCAAAGAAAAACGGCAAGAGUCAAGCCAACGCCAAUGUCAGCAAAACCUCCCCGGCUGAAACGGUGAAGCAGGGGAAAGGAGGAGGCUCGUCUUCCUCGCAAGCGGAGGCCAAGGGCGACGCCAAGAAGACUCAGUCGACGUCGGACUCCAAGAAACGGGGCGCGGCUGGCUUCUUGAGUAGGAUGAAGCAAGGCUCGCCGUCGUCAAACAAUGGCGUGUUGCUUGAUGCGUUGAAGAACACGCCUUUGACUAGCGAGAGCGCCACCGGGAAGAAGAGCGAGACUGCAAAGAGAGGCGAAAAGAAGGAGCCGGCGGCCACUAGGAGGGGCGCGGAGACGAGGCAGACGAAGGAGAAGAGCAGCCCGGGAAAGAGGAACGUGGGGCGGCCGCCUAAGAGGGCAGCUGCUGCAGCACCUCCGGCUGCCGGGAAACGCAGUAGGGAUAGAGGUGACCCGGAACCGGCAGCGGCUUCGAAACAACCCAAGAAAAGGGCGAGGAAGUUGUAGGGAAGGGAUAGGGCACAUUUGUACGUAGCGGUAAGGAUUCUUGGUUCUUUGUUUUUAUAGAUUUCCCUCUGUUUCACUUUUGCAGCAAGUGUGUUUGUAUUUUGUCUAAUGGAAAGCUAGGGCAAAGUUAGAGGUGGUUUCAUUGACUUCUAUUUAAGGCAAACGUGAUAGACUAUAGUUGAAAUGCUUAAUAUUUACUUGACAAA